ACAGAUGAUACAAAUUGCUUAAAUCAGCUCAGAAUGAAGAGAGCCCCAUUUUUUCAGCUGUGUAACUUGUUACGAGAAAGAGCGUUGUUGCGGGACAGUAUACAUAGCUCAGUGGAAGAACAAGUUGCCAUGUUUCUUCUUGUUGUAGGCCACAACCACAGAUUUAGAGCUUUGCAACCCACUUUUAGGAGGUCAAUUGAAACUAUCAGUAGAUACUUCGCUGAGGUAUUAUUCUCUAUUGGUGAGCUGCGAAAUGAGAUGAUAAAACCACCCUCAUCUGAGCCUCAUUCAAAAAUUACAUCCAAUCGAAGAUUCAACCCUUAUUUUAAGGAUUGCAUUGGUGCAAUAGAUGGAACUCAUGUGCUUGCUCGAGUUCCAUCAACAAUAUCUGCUGCCUUUAGGGGUAGGAAGAAAGAGACCACCCAGAAUGUAAUGGCUGCAGUGGACUUUGAUCUUGGAUUUACAUACGUACUUGCUGGGUGGGAAGGAUCUGCACAUGAUGCCCUCAUACUUGCAGAUGCCUUGGAGAGGGAUGAUGGUCUUAGUGUCCCCUCAGGAAAAUACUAUCUCGUUGAUGCUGGAUAUGCUGCUAGACCGGGGUUCCUUCCGCCAUAUCGUGGGUGUCGAUACCAUUUGAAGGAGUAUGAUAGAAGAAACUACCCUCGUGAUUCGAGAGAGUUGUUUAAUCUAAGACACUCCUCUUUAAGGGUCACGAUCGAGCGGGCAUUUGGCGCACUCAAAAACCGCUUCAGAAUACUCUAUAACAAGCCUUUCCAUCCAUACAAGACCCAAGUCAAAUUGGUCCUUGCAUGCUGCAUACUUCAUAACUGGAUACUUCAGUUUGGGAUGGAUGACCAUGUGCCACUAGAGAGUGAUUGGAACUCAGAUAGCGAUGAUGAGGAGCCCGAUGACUUAGAUGAAGACAAUAGGGGAAUGGCGCAAAUUAGGGAUGAUUUGGCUGGUGCUAUGUGGAACAAUAGAGGGUCGUCCAGGGUCUAACAUGCUUAGGGAUUAAUUUGUAACUCUCUAUCUGUGAACUUAGGAUGGUGUUGCACUGUUAUCUAUUCAUGCAUGAUGAUUGUUGUACCCUGUUGCACUGUUAUCUAUUAAUUUGAGACCUCGAGAUAUUUGCAAUGAUGCUGUUUAUUACAUCUAUCGAUUUAUGU